UCCGCGUGUCCGGGGUGCCGGCAACUGGGGAGGCUGACUGAGGGGCCGAUCCCCCGUUCCGCUGUCGCUACGGAGACCGCCGCCGGCCGCAGCGGAGGCGGAACCCCGGGGGGCGGCGCCCUUCGCCAGCCGGCGCCUGUUCGCCGCCGCGCUCGGGUCUGCGCCGCCGCCUUCCGCCGUCCCGCGGUUACCCUGGCAACGGCGCCGUCGGCGAAGCGAGGAGCCCCGGGCCCGGCGGCAGGAUGAUGCUCUCCCGGGCCAAGCCGGCCGUGGGGGGUACCCCGCCGCCGGGAGACAGGCGGAAGAAGAAAGGGAAGAAGGUGCCGCAGCUGGAAGAGCUCCUGGCCCUGAGGGACUUCACCGGCGCGAUCGCCUUGCUGGAGUUUAAACGGCAUGUGGGUGAGCAGGAGGAGGAUACUGACCUUUGGAUCGGGUACUCUGCCUUUCAUUUGGGUGACUACAAGAGAGCACUGGAGGAAUAUGAGGCCUUAACCAAACAACCAGCUUGCAAUCCAGAUGUUUGGGUGAACCUUGCCUGUACAUACUUCUUUCUAGGGAUGUAUACACAAGCUGAACAGGCAGCCUUGAAAGCACCUAAGAGUCGUCUCCAGAACCGUUUACUCUUUCACCUGGCACAUAAGUUCAGUGAUGAGAAGAAACUGAUGAGCUCUCACCAGAACCUGCAAGACAUUACAGAAGACCAGCUUAGCUUGGCAUCUAUCCACUACAUGCGGUCGCACUACCAAGAAGCUAUUGAUAUCUACAAGCGCAUUCUUCUUGAAAAUCGGGAAUACCUGGCUCUGAAUGUAUAUGUGGCCCUGUGCUAUUACAAGCUGGAUUACUACGAUGUAUCACAGGAAGUGCUAGAUGUUUAUCUUCAGCAAGUUCCUGACAGCACCAUUGCUCUUAACCUUAAGGCUUGCAACCAUUUCCGACUUUACAAUGGGAAGGCAGCUGAGGCAGAGCUCAAGAACUUGACGGACAGUGCUUCAUCGUCCUUUGAGUUUGGCAAGGAGCUUAUUAGGCACAAUCUGGUGGUGUUCCGGGGGGGAGAAGGGGCUUUGCAGGUCCUACCUCCUCUGGUUGAUGUUAUUCCUGAGGCGAGACUGAAUCUUGUGAUUUACUAUCUCCGACAAGAUGAUGUGCAGGAGGCUUAUAACCUGAUUAAGGACCUGGAACCUACAGCUCCACAGGAAUACAUCCUCAAAGGAGUGGUAAAUGCAGCACUCGGAUAUGAAACAGGCUCGAGAGAUCACCUGAAAAUUGCUCAGCAGUUCUUCCAGCUGGUGGGUGAAUCGGCCAGCGAAUGUGAUACCAUACCAGGGAGACAGUGCAUGUCCUCCUGCUUCUUUCUUCUUAGACAGUUUGGUAAUGUCCUGAUGUACCUCAACUCAGUCAAGAGUUACUUCUACAAUGAUGACACUUUUAACUUCAACUAUGCCCAAGCCAAAGCUGCCAUGGGCAAUUUUAGUGAGGCUGAAGAGGUGUUCCUUUUGAUCCAGAGUGAGAAGAUAAAGAACGAUUUUGUUUACCUUAGCUGGCUAGCUCGCUGCUAUAUUAUGAAUAAGAAACCACAGUUGGCCUGGAAGCUCUACCUGAAGAUGGAGACCUCAGGGGAGUCCUUUAACCUUUUGCAGCUCAUUGCAAAUGAUUGCUACAAAAUGCAUCAGUUUUACUAUUCAGCCAAAGCAUUUGAUGUUCUGGAGAGACUGGACAGUAAUCCUGAACAUUGGGAAGGCAAAAGAGGUGCUUGUGUGGGUGUCUUUCAAAUGAUCUUAGCUGGCCGAGAAGCAAAAGAGACUCUGCGGGAAGUGCUGCAUCUGCUGAAGAGCACUGGUAAUUCUCAAGUAGAAUACAUUGUCCGCAUCAUGAAAAAGUGGGCCAAGGAGAACAGAGUCCCUGUUUAAGUCAGUGCCACAAAAUGAACCGGGUCAGUUACUGGUGUGUGUGGGGCCCUUUGCAGGACUUUAGACUGUCAAGCAGGUUGACCCAGCUGAGCAGCAGCGUAGUGCAGUGAGAUGACAAAACAUUCAGCAAGUAUUUUGUUUUUUCAUUAAAGCUUUAUUAGUACUUUUUCUAUUGCACCACUCUCUAUUCCUCAUUCAAAGUUGCUCAUUGUUUUAGUCAUAAUUCCAACUGUCCACAAGUCAAAGUUCUCCUCAGAUCUUCCCUAGAUUGCUCAACACAGUUACUGGAGUGCUUUGUGGGUUUUUUUCAGCAAGUCUUCUGGGCUCUGGAGAAGAAUCAUUUGUUAAAUGGCUGAGACAAAUCUACUUCAGCAAGAGGUGGAAUGUGGCAAGUAGAGUGAAUGACGGUGACAACCGAAAGCCAGUAGUAGGGUACCAGAAAAUACAUAAAGACUUCUAUAUGAUACCUGUCUGGGGCAAAAUACAAACUGUAUUCUGAGCACUGUCCUUUUCUGGAUAAAUCUCAAUAACUAGUAGCUUCAUCUCUUAUUUUUGUCUACAAGGAUUGUUUUCUCUCUUACCAUUAAUUCUGAAGAUGAGAAUUAAUCAACCUAAAAUGCCAAGCUCCAAAGUAGCUGAUUUGCUUUCUAGGUUGGAAGCAAAGCAUGACGGUACCAUAUUUUUCAGAACACGGAGAUUUGACUGACUGCAUUGUUCAAUCUUGCUUUGAGUUCUGAUGCUCAAAACAUUUUUUCAUGUUAAUUUAGUUUGUGUGAGUAAUCCGUUUGGUUUAGCACUCUGACAGAUAAAGGGACUGGAUCUUUUAAAUAAUUUCCUUUAGAUUUACCACCCUAGUUAGCAAUAUAUUUGUUAUACUUUUGGAUUUAUUAUACUCUCCUGUUUUGUUAGGAGAACAUUUCAGGGAAUACAUAAUUCUAAAAUAAGGCAACAGUUGUAACAUAGAAAUGUAUUAUGUUUUUCAGCAAAAAGCAUUUGUAUAUUAUUUUUCGAAGGAAAAUUUACAAUUUGUAAAAUACUUAUGAAGUAUUUUUUUCUCUUUUGAGGAAAAAAAUAAAAAUAUUGUAUUCUCUACUGUCUGUGCUCUGAUUAAAGCUCUUAAUUGUAUCUACA